AUGCUAGGUUCAUCACUCUUGUUUUACUCCUUUCUGAAUGCUGGAGCGUCUCAAUCUUCUCUUCGAGAACACGCAUACGAAAUCAUUGAUGCCGCUAUCACAGUACUCCAGACCGAAAUGACUCAAUCGACCACGACCCUGGACGCUCAGUUGGCGGGGAUCUCCGGGCUUCUUGGCUUUUACUAUUAUGCGGGUGACCUUGGGAGUUACAUAAAAUACAUCGAACGAGCUGCACCUGUUGUAAGACAACUGGUUGGUGCAGCACCCAUCAGUAUCCAUAAACUCUACGGGUUCAAAACUCUUGAUAUCCGGAUCUUUGCUUGGUGUGACGUCUGCACCGCAAUGGCAACCUCACGUCCCACACACCUUCUCUAUGAUUGCAACGCCGAUGCUCUUUUGAGUAGAAAUCAAAAUGGCCCAGACCCUCCGUCUUUCGACAAUGGACUGGAAUGGAUGACUGGUCUUCCGGAUGCUUUCUUGCUAUUAACCAUCCAAAUUCUUGAUCUAAAGCACAAGCCAAUAUCGUCGACCGAACUCAUUACUCGAGCAGUUACAAUAGAGGCAGCUCUUCGAGCUUGGAAGAUUUGGCCCACCAGUACUACAAAUUCAAUGAUGAAAAUACAACGCAUUAGCGCACAGGAGAUUUGGAGACAUUCUAUAGUCCUUUACCUUUAUCAAGUAAUCUUUAGGGCUGCCCCAAACCAAGAAAUGGUGCAACAGUCAGUAAAGCAGAUAAUCAAGUUAGCAUCAACACUGCGGCCGGGCCAUAAUCCAGACUGCCUACUGUAUAUACCAUAUUUUAUUGCAGGGACAUUUGCCAUUUCAGUCAAGGAUAGACAAUUUAUUCGGAAUCGUCUCAUGACUUGCACAUUCUCUACAUACAUGAAGACACUAUUGGGUGCAUUAGAGGAGCUUUGGCAGCAUUCCUUUAUUGACAGGCACGUUGAUUGGACCUCCAGAUCCCCUCCUUUAGUGAUGUUCUAG